GUGCAUUUGCUUUGCUCUUGACCAGCGUUUCUGAGGAGGGAAGAGUUGGAGGCUUUGCUGCUAAGGGAAUUAAUUAAAAGUCACUGGUCUGGUCCAAAACCAAUCUGCAGAAACAAUACAGGGACAGGGAUCCACAGUACAGGCUCAUGCUGUUCAGAACGCAAAUAAUCUUGUUACCAUAAGUUUGUAGGUGACAGAGAGAACCCUCAUCAUGGCGGAUGACGAGGAAGUUGAGUAUGAGUAUUAUUAUGAAGAAACUGUCAUUGAAGAUGGGGAAGAUGGGGAAGUUGUGAUGGAAGUUGUGGAGCCAACGACUGAUGCCCCUAAAGCACCAGUGGCAUCGGCUGCUCCCGGCGAAAGAAAGAGAAAAAUCCGUAAAAAGGUGGACACAUCGAAGUUUAUGACGCCUUACAUUGCACACAGCAAGAAAAUGCAGGAGAUGUUCAGUCAGAAUAAAUAUAAAGAAAAAUUUGAAAAACAUCGGGGAGAGCCUUAUGCUAUCACAAUGGAUACUCCUGAACUCAGAAGGAUCAAGAAGGCCCAAGACCAGCUGAGUGAGGUGAAGUAUCGUAUGGAUGGCAAUGUCGCUAGAACCAACUGCCACGUAGAUGGACAAGCCAGAGACAUUGAACACGCUAAAAAAGUGUCUCUGCAAUUGAGCAAGGUUCUAUACAAGCAGAAUUGGGAGGAUACUAAGGAGAAGUACCUGUUACCUCCGGAUGCACCAGAGUUGGUGCAAGCUGUGAAGAAUACUGCAAUGCUCAGCAAGAAACAAUAUACAGCAGAUUGGGAUGAAGAUAAAACAAUGUAUUUUCCUUACUCUGAUAGUCCAGAACUGAGAAGAGUUGCUAAGGCACAGAAAGCUCUAAGUGAUAUCAAUUAUAAGAAAGGACAUAAUGAACAAAUGCUGCAGUUCACACAGCUGGCUGAUCGACCUGAUAUUGAAAUGGCCAAGAAAGUGUCACAACAGCUAAGCGAUAUUAAGUACCGUGAGGAUUAUAAGAACAAGGUAAAAGGCAAAUGGAGCCAGACCCCGUGUUAUGAAAUUGCAGUCGCCAGAAUGAAUUCCGAUAAUCUGAGUGAUAUAAAGUAUCAUGAAGACUUUGAGAGUAUUAAAGACCAAAUCAACUUCAUGCAGACAGAUACACCAGGAUAUAAGCUUAAUAAGAAGGCAGGACUGAAUGCUAGCACGGUGAAAUAUAAAGAAGAUUAUGAAAAAUCCAAGGGACCCACAGGUUACCAUACUCUUCCUGCCACAGAAAACCCCUUGCUGAGGCAACUCAAAAAAGCUGGAAAUUCCCUGAGUGAUAUAUUGUACAAGCAAUCGUAUGAAAAAGCCAAAGGAAGCAGUAUUAAUUACUGUGACACCCCCAAGUUUCAGAUUGAUCAUGUCCUGAAGAAUUUUAGUGAUCUUCAUUACAAAGAUCACUACCAAAGGAAUAUUCAGGGACAUUAUAUUGGCAGCUAUGAGAACCCAUAUAUGCUUCACUGUGCCAAAGUCAAUUCUUUACUAAGCGAUAAAAACUAUAAAGCUGAUUAUGAAGAGGACAAAACCAAUUGUUACUUCCCUCAGACUCUUACCCAAGAAUAUGAAGCUUCUAAGAAACUAGAUCAAUGUAAAGAUUACGUCUAUAAGAAACAUCCCGGUACAAUUAAAUUCACUCAAGUGACAGAUUCUCCAGUGCAGGUUCAAGCUGAAAUCAACACUCAGCAGCUUAGUGAUUUAAAUUAUAAAGCAAAGCAUGAAAAGGACAAGUUCAGGUGUUCUAUUCCAGAAGAUUCUCCUUUUAUACUUCAAUCUAGAUUGAACGCAUAUAACCUCAGUGAUAACUGGUACAAAUAUGACUGGAAUAAAUCAAAAGCAAAGGAGUUUGAAAUUAAGAUUGAUGCUAUCCCACUGGUGGCAGCAAAAGCAAACAGAAAAAAGGCCAGCGAUGUUGAAUACAAGAAAGACUAUGAACGGAACAGAGGAAAGAUGAUCGGAGCACUUAGCAUUCACGAUGACCCCAAGAUGCUGCAUUCUAAGAAAGUGUCUCGUAACCAGAGUGAUAUUGAAUACAAGAAAGACUAUGAGAUAGGAAAGACCAAAUAUAAUGUACCCUUGGAUAUGAUUCAAGUGCAGUCAGCUAAGAAAUCCCAGGCUAUUGCCAGCAACAUUGAUUAUAAACACCUCCUUCACAAUUACUUUUACCCUCCUGACAGCAUUAACCUGGAAUCGGCUAAGAAGGCCUAUACCAUCCAGAGUGAUGUUGAUUAUAAAUCGGAUUAUAACAGCUGGGUAAAAGGUUGUGGAUGGGUGCCUUAUGGAUCCCUGGAUGUGGAACAAGCCAAGAAAGCUGGGCAGAUCCUGAAUGAGAGAAAAUACAGACGACAUCCAGAUACUUAUAAGUUUACUUCUGUAGAAGAUGAUCCUGUUAUGGUCCAAGCUAAAAUCAACCAGAAACAGAGGAGUAAUAUUCUAUAUAAAGCAGCAGGAGAAAAGGUUAUUCAUAAAUAUUCCUUACCUGCAGAUAUUCCCGAAUUUAUCCAAGCCAGAGUUAAUGCCUAUAACAUAAGCAAUAAUUGUUACAAACAAGAAAUGGAAGAACUAAAGACUAAAGGAUAUGAUCUGAGGUCUGACGCUAUCUCUAUCAAGGCUGCCAAAGCUGCUAGACAAGCAGCUAGUGAUGUACAUUAUAAGAAAUCUUAUGAGGCCCAGAAAGGGAAACUUGUCGGUUUUCGAAGUCUACAAGAUGAUCCUAAGCUUGUCCACUACAUGCAUGUGGCAAAGAUUCAGUCUGGGCGUGAAUAUAAGAAAGACUAUGAAAAGUCAAAGACCAAAUACAAUACUCCACUGGAUAUGGUCAACGUGGUGGCUGCCAAAAAGUCUCAGGAUAUUGCAAGUGGCAUUGGCUACAAACAGCCAAUCCAUCACUACACUUACCUACCAGAUGCUAUGAGCAUUGAACUGUCCAAGAAAAUGAUGGAAAUACAAAGUGAUAACAUCUACAAGUCUGAUCUGACCAGCUGGAUGAAGGGCACAGGGUGGAUUCCUAUCGGGUCCCUUGAUGUAGAGAAGGCCAAGAAGGCUGGUGAUGCUUUGAAUGAAAAGAAAUAUCGCCAGCAUCCAGACACCAUAAAGUUUACAAGUAUAGCUGAUACUCCUGUCAUGGUCCAGGCUAAGACAAAUGCUCUUCAACUCAGUGAUAAACUGUACAAAUCCUCAGGAGAGAAGACCUUGCACACGUACCAUUUGCCCCCAGAUGCACCUCAGUUUAUUCAAGCCAAGUACAAUUCUGCUAACAUUAGUGAUAGUUUUUACAAGCAGGACUGGCAGAAAACCAUCAGUAAAGGACACCAUGUUCUGGGUGAUUCCAUUCCCAUUGUUGCUGCCAAAGCUUCCAGAAAUAUUGCCAGUGACUACAAGUACAAACAAGCCUAUGAGAAAGCCAGAGGUAAGCAUGUUGGCUUCAGAAGCAUCUAUGAUGAUCCUAAACUUGUGCAUUUCAUGGCUGUGGCUAAGAUGCAGUCUGAGCGGGAAUACAAGAAGGACUAUGAGAAAUUGAAGACCAAAUAUCACACUCCUCUUGACAUGGUUAGCAUUACAGCUGCCAAGAAGUCCCAAGAAAUAGCCACCAACACCAAUUACAAGCAGCCAAUCCAUCACUACACCUUAUUACCGGAUGCCAUGAGCGUGGGGUUGUCUAAGAACAUGAUGCAGAUUCAGAGUGAUAAUUUCUACAAAGAAGAUUACAACUCCUGGUUUAAGGGUAUUGGAUGGAGUCCUCUAGGCUGUUUGGAAGUUGAAAAAGUUAAGAAGGCUGGAAAUGCUCUGAGCGAGAGGAAGUAUCGCCAGCAUCCUGACACUUUCAAAUUUACAAGCAUCCCAGACUCUAUGGAAAUAACUUUAGCUCAGAGCAAUACCAAACAGCACAGUGAUAUAAACUACAAAUCAGCAGGAGAGAAAGUGAAGCACAAGUAUAAUCUGAACCCUGAUGACCCUAAUUUCAUCCAAGCUAAAGUCAAUGCACAGAAUAUAAGUGAAUCUUAUUAUAAAGCUGACUGGAUCAAGCACCUGGCUAAAGGAUAUGACCUCAAACCUGAUUCCAUUUCAAUUCUUGCUGCUAAGGCAUCACGAAACAUUGCCAGUGAUUACAAAUAUAAACAAGCCUAUGAAAAAGCCAAGGGUAAGCACGUGGGAUUCCGCAGCCUACAGGAUGACCCUAAAUUGGUCCACUACAUGCACGUGGCCAAAAUCCAAUCUGAUCGUGAAUAUAAGAAGGACUAUGAGAAAAGCAAGACGAAGUAUCACACUCCAAUUGAUAUGUUCAGUGUCACUGCUGCUAAGAAAGCUCAGGAAGUGUCCUCCAAUACGAACUACAAGCAGCUGAUCCAUGCAUACACCCUUCUGCCUGAUGCUAUGAAUUUACAACUCUCCAGAAACAUGAUGAACAUCCAGAGCGAUAACCAAUAUAAGACAGAUUUCAAUAACUGGCUAAAAGGUGUCGGAUGGGUUCCAAUUGGAUCCUUAGAUGUUGAAAAAGCAAAGAAAGCCAGUAACAUCUUCAGCGAAAAGAAGUACAGACAAAAUCCAGAUCAAUGGAAAUUUUCCAUUCCAAAUGAUGCCAUGGAUCAAGUACUUGCAAAGAAUAAUGCAGUAACUAUGAAUAAGAGACUUUAUACAAAAGCCUGGGAUAAAGACAAGACCAAAAUCCAUGUGAUGCCAGAUACUCCUGAAAUUCUUCUGUCUAAAGUCAACCAAGUUAACACAAGUGACAAAAUGUACAGACAAGCUUGGGAAGAUGCCAAGAAGAAGGGCUAUGAUUUAAAGCCAGAUGCCAUAUCCAUAAAGGCUGCCAGAGCGUCAAGGGACAUUGCCAGCGAUUACAAAUACAAGAAAGCCUAUGAACAAACCAGAGGAAAGCACAUCGGAUUUAAGAGCCUGCAGGAUGACCCCAAACUGGUGCAUUUUAUGCAUGUGGCAAAGAUGCAAUCUGAUCGUGAAUAUAAGAAGGACUAUGAAAAGUCCAAGACCAAAUUCCACACUCCCGUAGACAUGUUCAGCGUGACUGCUGCCAAACUGUCUCAGAACGUGGCAUCUAAUAUUAACUACAAACGUCUCAUCCACAACUACAACCUCUUGCCUGAUGCUAUGCCACUUGCACUUUCCAGAAACAGGAUGCAGAUACAGAGCGAUAAUGUUUACAAGUCAGACUACAAUGAGUGCAUGAGAGGCGUUGGAUGGGUACCCUAUGGAUCUCAGGAAGCUGAGAAAAACAAGAAAGCUAUGUCAAUCCUCAGCGAGAAGACCUACCGCCAACACCCAGACACACUCAAGUUUACCAGUAUACCCGACUCCAUGGAGAUGGUACUGGCCAAAAACAAUGCUCAGACCAUAAACAAGAAUCUGUACACAAAAGCCUGGGAGAAAGACAAGAGGACCAUCCAUGUCAUGCCAGAUACUCCGGAUGUGCUUUUGGCUAAAGCCAAUGCUUUCAAUAUUAGUGAGAAACAAUACAAACUAGCCAUGGAAGAGUCUAAGAAAAAAGGCUAUGACCUCAAAGCUGAUGCCAUCGCCAUCCGUGCUGCAAAAGCCUCCAGAGAUAUUGCUAGUGAUUAUAAGUACAAGAAAGCCUAUGAAGCAUCCAGAGGAAAGAUGGUGGGAUUCCGCAACCUUCAGGAUGACCCCAAACUGGUGCAUUUCAUGAAUGUAGCCAAGCUACAAAGCGACCGUGAAUACAAGAAGGAGUAUGAGAAGACCAAAACAAAGUACCAAACACCACUUACCACCUUCAGCGUCAUGGCUGCAAAGGCGGCCCAGAAUAUUGCUUCAAAUUCCCAUUACAAGAAUCUCAUCCACAACUACAUCAUGCUGCCAGACGCCAUGCAGGUCCGGCUUGCCAAGAACAUGAACCAGAUCCAGAGUGAUAAUGAAUACAGGCUAGACUACAAUCAAUGGUACAAAGGAAUGGGCUGGUCUCCCCUGGGCUCUCUUGAUGUUGAGAAGAGCAAGAAAGCUUCUGAGAUUGUGAGUGAUGCCAAAUACCGCCAACACCCCAGCAAGUUCUCCUUUACCAAGCAUAUGGAUUCAAUGGAUCUUGAUUUAGCCAAGCAGAAUGCUAUCACUAUGGAUAAACGUCGGUACAUUGAUGCCUGGGAGAAGGAUAAGACAAAGAUCCAUGUGAUGCCAGACACACCAGGCAUUCUUCAGGCCAAAGAGAACAUGAUCAAUUUCAGUGAAAAACUAUACAAAUCUGGAUGGCAAGAAAUCAUUAAGAAGGGCUAUGAUCUAAGACCAGAUGCUAUUUCAAUAAAAGCAGCCAGAGCCUCAAGAGAUAUUGCCAGUGAUUAUAAAUACAAAACAGCCUACAGAAAGCAGCAGGGACACCAUGUUGGAUACCGCAAUAUUAAAGAUGAUCCAAAGUUAGUAUGGUCCAUGCAUGUGGCCAAGAUCCAGAGUGACCGGGAAUACAAGAAAGACUUUGAGAAGUCAAAGACAAACUUUAACGUGCCUGCGGACAUGCUCAGUUUCCUAUUGGCCAAAAAAUGCCAGACCCAGGUCAGCGAUAUUGACUACAAACGACUCCUGCACAACUGGACUUGUCUGCCUGACCAGACAGCUUUUGUCCAAGCAAGAAAAGUCAAUGAGAUACAAAGUGAUAAUGUCUAUAAGGCAGACUACAAUGAAUUCAUGAAGGGUGUAGGAUGGAUUCCUUUUGGAUCUCAGGAAGCUGAGAAGAACAGGAAAGCCAUGGAUAUCAUCAGCGAGAAGAAAUACCGCCAGCAUCCAGACAAGUUCCGCUUUACAAGCAUACCUGACUCUAUGGAGUUAGUUUUGGCCAAGAAUAACGCUCAAAUCAUAAAUCAGAAACUUUACAAAGAAGCCUGGGAAAAGGAUAAGGGACAUAUCCAUGUCAUGCCAGACACUCCUGAAAUCCUCCUGGCAAAGGCAAACCUGAUCAAUAUCAGUGAAAAACUCUACAAAUCUGGCUACGAAGAGAACAAGAAGAAAGGCUAUGACCUGCGAGCUGAUGCUAUUCCUAUCAAGGCUGCCAGAGCUUCAAGAGACAUUGCCAGCGAUUUCAAGUACAAAGAAGGUUACCGCAAGCAGAAAGGCCAUCAUGUGGGUUUCCGCAGUCUGCAAGAUGAUCCCAAAUCUGUAUGGGCCAUGCACGUAGCCAAGAUCCAGAGUGACAGAGAGUACAAGAAGGAGUAUGAGAAAUGGAGGACCAAUUUUAAUACCCCAGUUGAUAUGCUGGGAAUAUUGCUGGCCAAGAAAUGCCAGACAUUAGUUAGUGACGUUGACUAUAAACAUUACCUUCACAAGUGGACCUGUCUCCCAGACCAGAAUGAUGUGGUACAGGCAAGAAAGACCUACGAUAUACAGAGUGAUAACCUCUACAAGUCGGAUUUGCAAUGGCUUAAAGGAAUUGGCUGGGCACCCUCUGGUUCCUUGGAUGAUGAGAAGAACAAGAGGGCAGGAAAGAUCCUGAGCGAGAAUAAGUAUCGCCAACACCCAGACACAUUAAAAUUCACCAGUGUCACUGACUCCUUGGAAAUGGUGCUGGCUAAAUCCAAUGCAGAUAUUAUGAAUAAGCGCCUCUAUACUGAUGCAUGGAAUAAGGAUAAGAUUCAACUCCACAUUAUGCCUGAUACACCGGAAGUCGUCCUGGCAAAACAGAACAAGAUUAACUUUAGUGAGAAAUUGUACAAACAAGCGUUGGAGGAGUCCAAGAAAAAAGGCUACGACCUCCGUCCUGACGCCAUCUCUAUAAAGGCUGCCAAGGCAUCUCGCGAUAUCGCCAGCGAUUACAAAUACAAGGCAGCUUACAGGAAGCAGCAGGGACAUCAUGUUGGAUUCCGCAGUAUAAAAGACGAUCCUAAAUUGGUAUGGUCCAUGCAUAUUGCCAAGAUCCAGAGUGACAGAGAGUACAAAAAGGAGUUUGAGAAACAGAAGACCCAAUAUCAAAGCCCUGUGGAAAUGUUGUCUGUUUUGUUGGCCAAGAACUGCCAGAAACUUGUGAGCGACAUUGACUAUCGCCACCAUCUUCAUCAAUGGACAUGUCUGCCAGACCAGAAUGAUGUCAUUCAGGCCAGGAAAGCCUACGACCUUCAGAGUGAUAACCAGUACAAAUCAGAUCUUGGGUGGAUGAAAGGCAUUGGCUGGGUUCCUAUCGGUUCUCUGGAUGUCGAGAAGACAAAGAGGGCCGGUGAUAUUCUGAGUGAAAAUAAGUACAGACAGCACCCCGACACUAUCAAAUUCACCAGUGUUGUUGACUCCAUGGACUUGAGCCUGGCAAAAGCCAAUGCAGAAAUUAUGAACAAGAAACUGUACACACAAGCCUGGGAAAAAGACAAGACCAACAUUCAUAUCAUGCCUGACACACCAGAAAUUGAACUGGGAAGACAAAACAAGAUAAACUACAGUGAGAGCAAAUACAGACAAGCUAUGGAAGAAUCAAAGAAGAAGGGGUAUGACCUCAGAGUUGAUGCCAUUCCAAUUAAAGCUGCAAAGGCUUCUCGAGAUAUUGCCAGUGAUUUUAAAUACAAAACAGGAUACCGCAAGCAGCAAGGCCACCAUGUUGGGUUCAGAAGUCUCGAGGAUGAUCCCAAAUCUGUUUGGGCUAUGCAUAUUGCCAAGAUCCAGAGUGACAGAGAGUACAAGAAGGAUUUUGAGAAACAGAAGACCCAAUAUCAAAGCCCUGUGGAGAUGUUGUCUGUUUUGUUGGCCAAGAACUGCCAGAAACUUGUGAGCGACAUUGACUACCGCCACCACCUCCACCAAUGGACAUGUCUGCCAGAUCAGAAUGAUGUCAUUCAGGCCAGGAAAGUCUAUGACAUCCAGAGUGAUAAUCAGUACAAAGCAGACUUACAGUGGAUGAGGGGCAUUGGCUGGGUCCCCAUUGGCUCACUAGACGUAGAGAAGACCAAGAGAGCAGGUGAUAUCCUUAGUGAAAGGAAAUACCGCCAGCACCCAGACACCCUCAAAUUUACCAGUGUGACUGAUUCCAUGGAACUAAUGCUGGCAAAAGCUAAUGCUGAGACCAUGGAUAAGCGCCGGUACACCGCAGCAUGGAACAAGGAAAAGGAAACGAUCCAUGUGAUGCCAGACACUCUUGAAAUCGAGUUGGCCAAAGCAAAUCGUAUCAAUUACAGUGAGAAACAGUAUAGACUUGCACUGGAAGAAAGCAAAAAGAAGGGUUAUGACUUACGUGUUGAUGCCAUCUCCAUUAGGGCAGCAAAAGCUUCAAGAAAUAUAAUCAGUGAUUAUAAAUAUAAAGCAGGCUACAGACAGCAGCAAGGCCACCAUGUUGGGUUCAGAAGUCUCAUGGAUGAUCCCAAAUCUGUUUGGGCUAUGCAUAUUGCCAAGAUCCAGAGUGACAGAGAGUACAAGAAGGAUUUUGAGAAACAGAAGACCCAAUAUCAAAGCCCUGUCGAAAUGUUGUCUGUUUUGUUGGCCAAAAACUGCCAGAAACUUGUGAGCGACAUUGACUACCGCCACCAUCUUCACCAAUGGACAUGUCUGCCAGACCAGAAUGAUGUCAUUCAGGCCAGGAAAGCCUAUGACCUUCAGAGUGAUGCACUCUACAAAUCUGACCUGGAGUGGCUGAGAGGUAUUGGUUGGGUGCCUGUUGGUUCCUUGGACGUGGAAAAGGCAAAGAAAGCUGGACAGAUUUUGAGCGAUAAGGCCUACCGUCAAAAGCCAGAUACUAUCAAGUUCACAUCUGUCCCAGACUCAAUGGAAAUAGUACUGGCCCAGAACAAUGCUCAGACUAUGAAUAAGCGCCUGUACACUGGAGCUUGGGAUAUCGACAAGAGAACCAUCCAUGUCAUGCCAGACACACCAGAGAUCCUGCUUGCAAAGGCUAACUCUGUCAACAUCAGUAAUAAAUUAUAUACCAAAGGAUGGGACGAUGCCAAGGCGAAAGGAUAUGACAUAAAGGCUGACACCAUUUCCAUCAAGAGCGCCAGAGCUUCCAGGGAUAUUGCCAGUGAUUAUAAAUACAAGACCGGAUACCGCAAGCAGCAAGGCCACCAUGUUGGGUUCAGAAGUCUCGAGGAUGAUCCCAAAUCUGUUUGGGCUAUGCAUAUUGCCAAGGUCCAGAGUGACAGAGAGUACAGAAAGGAGUUUGAGAAGCAGAAAACCCAAUAUCAAAGCCCUGUGGAAAUGUUGUCUGUUUUAUUGGCCAAGAACUGCCAGAAACUUGUCAGUGACAUUGACUACCGCCACUACCUCCACCAAUGGACAUGUCUGCCAGACCAGAAUGAUGUCAUUCAAGCCAGGAAGGCCUAUGACUUGCGCAGUGAUUGGCUAUAUAAAUCUGACCUGGAAUGGAUCCGUGGUUGUGGAUGGAUUCCUAAUGAUUCCUUGGAAGUGAACAAAGUGAAGAAAGCUCAGGAAAUCUUAAGUGAGCGUCACUAUCGCCAGCCUCCUAACACCAUCAAAUUUACCAGUGUUGUUGACUCUCUAGAUGUGGUUUUGGCAAAGAAUAAUGCCCUGCAGCAAAGCAGCAGCAUUUACCAAGACGCUUGGAACAAGGAGAAGACCAAGUUCCAUUUGCCUUCUGACACUCCACAGAUGGUACAGUCCAAGAUCAAUGCAGUCAAUAUAAGCAAUAAACAAUACCAGCUGGACUGGGACAAGGAAAAGUCGAAGGGCUACGAUUUAAGAGCAGAUGCUAUUGCAAUCAAGUCUGCCAGAGCAUCAAGGGACAUCGCUAGUGAUUACAAAUACAAGACUGGAUACCGCAAGCAGCAAGGACACCAUGUUGGAUUCAGAAGCCUACAGGACGAUCCUAAGUUGGUGUGGGCCUUGCAUAUUGCUAAAAUGCAGAGCGACAGAGAGUACAAGAAGGAGUUUGAGAAACAGAAGACCCAAUAUCAAAGCCCUGUGGAAAUGUUGUCUGUUUUGUUGGCCAAGAACUGCCAGAAACUUGUGAGCGACAUUGACUACCGCCACUACCUCCACCAAUGGACAUGUCUGCCAGACCAGAAUGAUGUUAUACAGGCCAAGAAAGCCUAUGACUUGCGCAGUGAUUGGAUAUACAAGUCUGACUUGGAAUGGAUCCGUGGUUGUGGCUGGAGUCCUAAUGACUCUCUGGAGGUGAACAAAGUAAAGAAAGCUCAGGAGAUCAUAAGUGAACGCCACUAUCGCCAGGCUCCUGACACCCUUAAAUUCACCAGCAUUGUCGAUGCUCCAGGACUUGUCCUAGCCAAAACAAAUGCUCUCCAGAUUAGUGAUUGGGUGUACAGAGAUGCAUGGGAUCGUGAAAAGACUAAAUUCAGCCUCCCAUCAGACACUCCAGGAAUGGUACAGUCCAAAGUCAACGCUGCCACCAUCAGUGAAAAAGUCUACAAGAAAGACUGGGAUAAAGCCAAGACGAGUUAUGACUUAAGAGCAGAUGCUAUCCCCAUUCGCAGCGCCCGGGCUUCAAGAGACAUAGCCAGCGACUACAAAUACAAGACUGCACAUGAGAAGCAGAAAGGUCACUACAUUGGGACUCCAACUGCCAAAGAUGAUCCUAAACUGAUGUGGUUGAUCAAAUCUGGUAAACUCCCAAUUGACAGGAUCUACAAAAAAGAUUAUGAAAAGACCAAGACCAAGGUUCACAUACCAGCAGAUGCGGUGUCCAUCCUAACUGCCAAGCAAGUCCAGGCUGCUGCCAGUGAAAUUGACUACCGUCAUUACCUGCACCAAUGGACCUGUCACCCCGACCAGAAUGAUUGUAUUCAGGCUAGGAAAGCAUAUGAUUUACAGAGCGACGCCAUCUACAAAUCAGAUCUGGAAUGGAUCCGGGGGUGUGGCUGGUUCCCUAACGACUCGGUGGAACAUAAGAAAGUGAAGAAUGCACAAGAGAUCUUAAGCGAACACCAUUAUCGACAGCCGGCCAGCAGCAUGAAGUUUACCAGCAUUGUGGACCUACCAGUUGUUGUCCUGGCUAAGACCAAUGCUGAUCAGAUCAGCUCUAGCAAAUACAAAGAAGCUUGGGAACAAGACAAGAGAACAAUUCAUGUCAUGCCAGACACGCCUGAGAUUAUAUUGUCAAAGGCCAACGCUAUUAAUGUCAGCCAUAAACAGUACACAGAUAGCUGGGAUAAGGUGAAGAUGAUCUAUGACAUGAAAGCUGAUGCUAUCUCCAUCAAAGCAGCUAAGGCCUCUAGAGAGAUUGCAAGUGAUUACAAAUACAAGUUGGCCCACGAGAAGCAGAAAGGUCACUAUAUUGGAACACCCACAGCUCAUGCUGACAAUAGAUUGGCCUGGUACUUGAAGGCUUCUAAGCUUCCCAGUGACCUCCUUUACAAGAAAGACUUUGAGAAGACAAAGACACACGUGAACCUGCCUGUAGAUAUGGUCUCAGUUGUUGCUGCUAAGUUAUGCCAGAAACUGGUCAGUGAGAUUGACUACCGUCAUUAUCUGCACCAAUGGACAUGCCUACCAGAUCAGAAUGAUGUCAUCCAGGCUAGGAAAGCCUAUGAUCUUCAGAGUGAUGCAAUCUACAAGUCAGAUCUUGAGUGGCUGCGUGGUGUUGGAUGGAUGCCAAAUGAAUCACAUGAUGUCAAGAAGGCCAAGUUUGCCCAGGACAUCUUGAGCGAUAGGAAGUAUAAAACCAAACCUGACACUAUCAACUUUACUGCAGUUACUGACAGAGUGGAUUAUGUCACUGCCAAACAAGCUGCAGUUAUUCGCAGUGAUAUUAAAUAUCAGGAAGCAUGGAACAACAUUAAGACAAAGUACACUUCUGUGAAUGACUCCCCUCUUAUGCUAACAGCAAAAGAGGCAGCCAAGAACGCCAACAAUAAACUCUACACAUCUGGCUGGGACAAUACCAAAGCCACCGGGUACUUUAUGCCACAUGAUGCUGUUCAAAUAACCCAUGCCAAAAAGAGUGAUAUUGCCCAGAGUGAGCUGAAAUACAAAGCUGACUACAUCAAACAACGAGGCCACUAUGUUGGAGUUCCUAAUGCAGAUGCUGAUCCUAAACUUAAGUGGUCCAAGCAUGUCAGCAUUAUGCAGAAUGACAGAGAAUACAAGAAGCUGUAUGAAAAGUUGAAGUCCAAGAUCCAUAUCCCUCCUGACAUGAUACAUCUGGAACAAGCCAAAAUUGGACAGAGCUUGGCCAGUGAAAUUGAUUAUCGUACCCAUCUUCACAAAUGGACAUGCCACCCUGACCAGAAUGACUGUAUACAAGCUAGGAAAGCCUACGACUUACAGAGUGAUGCCAUAUACAAAUCUGACCUGGAAUGGAUCCGUGGUUGUGGAUGGGUUCCUCUGGACUCUGUAGAGCACCAGAAAGUGAGGAAGGCUCAAGAGCUGGUCAACCAGAGAGCCUACAAAAAGGAUGCAAUUGACAACUUUGAAAAGUUCUCCCAUGUGGUUGAUACACCUGAAAUCGUGCUUGCUCAAGCCAAUGCCAUCAACCAAAGUGAUCUGAGAUACAAAGAAACCUUUAACGCAGAAAAAGGGCAGUACAUUGGCUCUGCUGAUAAUCCUCAGCUCAUCCACUCCAGAGAGAUGUCCAAACUUACCAGUGAUAAACUGUACAAAGACUCAUGGGAUAACUCCAAAGCUCUGGGUUACCAACUGGAUGAAAAGUACAUUCCUAUUGUUGGAGCCAAACACUCAAAGCUUGUUUCAAGUGAUCUGAAGUACAAAGAACAUUAUGAAAAGGAGAAGGGACACUACCUUGCAGGCAUCACAAUUGAUGACUUCCCAAGUGUUGUGCGUUCAUUACAAUUCCAGAAGAUGAGGAGCAUGCUGCCAUACAAGAAGAAUUAUGAGGAUAAUAAAACAAAGAUUCAUCUUCCAACUGACAUGAUAAACAACGUUGUUGCCAAGAGAUGCCAACACAUCUUGAGUGACAUUGAAUACCGCCGAUAUCUCCACGAAUGGACAUGCCUACCAGAUGAGCAGGGUGUCAUCCGUGCCAAAAAAGCCAAUGAGAUUUUGAGUGAUGUUCUCUACAAGGAGGAUCUUACCUGGCUGAAGGGCAUCGGAUGCUAUGCGUGGGACACACCCCAAAUUUUGCUCGCUAAGAACUCUUAUGACCUUCAGAGUCAAAUUAAAUACCAGAAAGCAAGCAAGGACAAUUACCAGAACUUUAGCGUUGUUACCGACACUCCUGUGUACGUCACAGCUGUUCAAAGUGCCAUCAACGCCAGCGACCGUAAGUACAAAGAGGACUAUGAGAAGAACAAGGAGAAAUACACAACUGUUCUGGAAACUGUAGACUACAACCGCACUCAGAACCUGAAGGAUCUGUUCAGCCAUAACAUGUACAAACAAGCCUGGGAUACUAUCAAAGCCACCAGCUACCAGCUUCCUGCGGACACAGUGUCCUUGGCAUUUGCUAAGCAAAACAAGCACAUUGCCAGUGCUCUGAAGUACCGUGAGGAAUACGAGAAGUUUAAAGCACUUUAUACUUUGCCAAAGGGUAUCCAAGAUGAUCCAGGCACAGCAAGAUGUAUCAGAGUUGGAAAACUCCCCCUGGAUCGUUUAUACAGAGAGACCUAUGAAAAGAACAAGGCGAAGAUCCACAUCGCUCCUGACAUGUUGGAGAUCGUUUCUGCCCGGGAGACACAAGACAAAGUCAGUGAAAUCGAUUACAGGAAAUAUCUUCAUGAAUGGAUCUGUCUGCCUGACCUUCAAAUGAACGUCCAUGUCCGCAAAGUCAAUGACCAGCUGAGCGAUAUUGUGUACAAGGAUGAUCUGAACUGGCUGAAAGGAGUGGGCUGCUUCGUUUGGGACACACCUGAGAUCCUGCAUGCCAAACAUGCAUAUGACCUCCGCAGUGAGUACAAAUACAAAGCUAAAGCUGAAGAGUUGAAGAAGAAGUUCUCCUCAGUGGUGGAUACUCCAGUCUACGUCCAGGCUGUCACCAGUGGCAAACAAAGCAGCGAUGUUGUAUAUCACUCUGACUAUGAGAAGAAUGUUAGAGGAAAAGUUACUUCCAGCACCAACACAGUUGAACUGGACAGAGCCAGCAACGCCAACAAGAUACGAAGUGAUACUCUGUACCGGGAGGCCAGCGUCCAAUCCCUUCCCACAGGUUAUAGUCUUCCAAAGGAUAUGCCAUCCAUUGUACAAGCCAAGAAAGCUCAGAUCCUUGGCAGCAAUCUGAAGUACAAAGAACUCUAUGAACAUGUGAAGGCUAAAUCCUACACCCUGCCUGCAGAUAAUGUUAGCUUUAUCAACAUCAAGAAUGUCAACAAAGUCCUUAAUGAGAGGCUUUACCGUCAGUUGUAUCACAAGCAGAAGGAUAAAAUACAUACAACUCCAGAUACACCAGAGAUCCGCCAAGUCAAAGCUACACAGGAUGCCAUUAGUGAUCUGGUGUACAAAUCUGACUAUUUCAAACUGCAAGGUCACAUGAUCUCAAUGCCAUACACCCCACAGACUAUUCAUUGCCGCUAUGUUGGAGAAAUAACCAGCGAUAAUAAGUACAAGGAAGACUUGCAGUGGUUGAAAGGUCUUGGAUGCUUCCUAUAUGACACUCCAGAUAUGGUGCGGGCUCGUGACCUGCGCAAGCUCUGGUCUCACUAUGAAUACACCACCCCUGCCAAGAAGAUGUGGGACAAAUACAGUGUGGUACUGGACACCCCAGAAUACAGGACUGUUCAGGAACUAAAAACACAUCUAAGCGAGAAUGUUUACAGAGCUGCUGGCAACAAGCAGAAGUCAAUCUACACCAGUGUACUAGAUACUCCCGACUUUGUUAGAUCCAAGAAAGGACAAGAGCUCCAGAGCAAGUACAUAUACACAGAGGUUGCAACUAAAGAGAGACCCCAUCACCAUGCUGCUGGACAAACACAAGACCUCCAACUUGCUAAACACGUCAAGGACCUGGUCAGCGAGAAAAAAUACAAAGCUCAAUACGAGAAACUGAAGCACAAAUAUACUACUGUGCUUGACACUCCAUUCAUUCUGAGAGCCAGGAAAGCCUACUUCAAUGCCAGCGACCUUCGCUACAAAGAAACCUUUGAGAAAGCCAAGGGUAAAUACCACACAGUGAAAGAUGCCCUGGAUGUCAUCUACCACCGCAAAGUCACCGAUGACAUCAGCAGUGUUAAAUAUAAGGAGAAGUAUGUUAGCCAGCUGGGUAUCUGGAGAUCCAUUCCCGAUCAUCCUGAGUACUUCCGUCACCGCGCAGUGACAGAUUCCAUUAGCGAUUCCAAAUACAAAGAGGAUUUGACAUGGCUGAAGGGCAUUGGCUGCUAUGCCUUUGACACACCUGACUUGACUCUGGCUGGACAAAACAAACAACUCUACAGUGCAUACAAGUACCGCGAAAACUUUGAAAAGACAAAGUCCAAAUUCAAGUACACAGUAGAUACUCCUCUGCUCAAUCACUUUAAGUAUGCUACUCAACUGGGAAAUGAGAAAAAGUACAAAUCUACUGCCAAGAUGCUGCGGGAACAUGGCUGCAAUGAAAUUAAGAGGCCAGAUAUGUUACAGGCCAUUUACAACACCAGCAUGUGGAGUCAGUGGAAGUACAAAGAGCUCUAUGAGAAGGGGAAGGAUAAAUUCACAUCCGUGAUUGACACACCAGAGCACAACCGAGCUCAGAGAGCUGGAAAGCAGAUCAGUGAAAACAUCUACAAAAUGGAUUGGAAUAAGGUUAAGGCCAAGUCUUACACCACAAUCCAUGAUACCCCAGCACUGCUACAUGCGCGAAAAGUAAAGGACAAGAUCAGUGAGCUGAAAUACAAAGAACUGUAUGAGAAGAGCAGAGGACACUGUACCAUGGUGUCAGAUGCUCUCCCUAUCAAGACAGCCAAAGAUGCCUACAAAUCCAUCAGCAAUUUGAAUUAUAAGAAGAAAUAUGAGGCCACCAAGGCUCACUGGCAGUGGACUACUGACAUGCCAGACUUCUUGCAGAAUGCAAAAUCUUCUCUACAGCAGAGUGAUUAUGAAUACAAACUGGACAGAGAAUUCAUGAAGGGAUGCAAGCUGUCUGUUACAGAUGACAAAGACACUGUCCUGGCCAUGAAGAAUGCUGAAAUGAAUAGCAAUGUGAAAUACAAGACAAAGUAUGAUAAAGGAACGUACCAAGGAGAGUUUGGAGUUGUUUCAGAUACACCUCAGAUCAUCCAUGCUAAAUCUGCCAGUGCUCUGGUAUCUGAGAACAAAUACAAAGCAGAAGGGAAGAAGCAGCUGCCACACGGUACAUUUACCACUCUCGCUGAAACCCGUGAUACAGCUCACGUCAAAGAAGUGACUAAGAUUGUUAGUGAGAAUCAAUACAAAGAAAAGUUUGUGAAAGAGAAAGGCAAGUCCAACUACGCUAUCAUGCAGGAACCACCCGAGGUGAAGCACGCAGUUGAGGUGGCCAAGGCCCAAAGCAAUGUUGCUUACAGGAAAGCUGCAAAGGCUAACCUUAACUACACAUCUACUACUGACAGACCUGAUAUUCAGAAGGCAACUCUUGUGUCUAAACUAGUCAGUAAUAUUCAGUACAAAUCUAAAGCCCGUGAAGAAGCUACCCGUGGUUACUCUGGUCUUGGACGACCAGAUAUUGACCUAGCUCAGGAAGUGUCCAAACUUACAAGCCAGGCUGAGUAUGCCAAAGGAAAGCUGAGGGGACAUGGAGCAGCAUCUUAUGACACCCCCAUCAUGAGGACACUUAAGAAAGCUAAUGCUCUCACUAGUAAUGUAAAAUACAAGGAACAGUUUUCGAAAGACAAAAGAAUUAGACCACAAUAUGAUCUCAAGGACGCCAAAAUCUAUGAAACCAUGAAAGAAGCAAAUACUCUUGCUAGUGAGGUGAAAUAUAAGGCAGAUCUUAAGAAGCUUCACAAACCCGUGACUGAUAUGGCGGAAUCUCUCAAUAUGCAGCACAUUACCGGCACAAGCAAGCUAGCCAGCGACUACCAGUACAAGAAGGAAUUUCAGAAGAGUAAGGGUCACUACCAAGUGGUGCCUGAUACACUUGAACAAGUUCAUGUAAAGGAGGCAACAGAACUACAGAGCAUAGUGAAAUACAAAGAGAAAUAUGAAAAAGAGAGAGGCAAAGCUAUGCUGGACUUUGAGACUCCAACCUAUGUCACAGCUAUGGAGUCUCAGCAUAUGCAGAGUGAGAAAGAAUAUAAGAAAGACUUUGAAGAAUGUAUUAAGGGCAGAAACCUUUCUGGUUUGGAGGUUACGCCAUCAAUGUUACAUGUCAGAUAUGCUACAAAAAUAGCAAGCGAGAAAGAGUACAGGAAGGAUCUGGAUGACACUAGAGGACGGGGCCUGACGGAGGAGGAGACUCCAGAACUAAUAAGAGCUAAAAAUGCCACACACAUCUUAAAUGAGAAAGAAUAUAAGAAAACACUGGAACUGGAAAUUAAAGGAAAAGGUCUAUCAAUGGGCUUGGAUACUCCAGACUUCCAGAGAGCAAAGAAUGCUACUGAUAUUGCCAGCCAGAUAAAAUACAAACAUUCUGCAGAAAUGGAAAAGGGAAGCUACACAUCUGUUGUAGAUACACCAGAAAUUAUCCAUGCUCAGCAAGUCAGAAAUCUUUCAAGCCAGAAAAAAUACAAAGAAGAGGCAGAGAGGACCAUGUCUUAUUACGUACCUGUAGUAGACACACCCGAAAUGCUGAGAGUUCGCGAGAACCAGAAGAACUUUAGCACUCUACAGUACCAGGGUGACCAUAUACAAAGUAAAGGAAAAGUCACAGUGGUUAAAGACACGCCAGAAAUUCUGCGUGUUAAAGAAAAUCAAAAGAAUUUCAGCUCGAUACUGUACAAAGAUGAAGUUGGAACAGGAACACCUAUUGGGCACACCCCAGAGAUGGAGAGAAUUAAAAGAACACAGGAUGCCAUUAGCACGAUAAAAUACAAGGAACAUGUUGGACAAGGUACUUCAAUUUCUGACCUUCCGGAAGUGAAACGCGUAAAGGAGAUGCAGAAGAACAUUAGCUCGGUUAUGUACAAGGACAGCUUGGGGCAGGGCACCCCGACACACAUGACUCCAGAAAUGGAGAGGGUCAAACGCAACCAAGAGAACAUUAGCAUGAUUAUGUACAAAGAAAACUUGGGAACAGCAACACCAAUGCCUAUGACUCCUGAGAUGGAGAGAGUAAAGCGCAAUCAAGAACAUAUUAGCUCGGUUUCAUACAAAGACAAUCUGGGGAAAAGUACCCCCACUACAGACACUCCAGAGUUGGAGAGGGUCAGACGCAAUCAAGAAAACAUUAGCAUGGUGUCAUAUAAAGAACAUUCUGGAAAAGCCACCCCAACACCUGUAACCCCUGAGAUGGAGCGUGUUAAACGCAACCAAGAAAAUAUUAGCUCGGUUCUAUACUCUGACCAGUUCCGUAAACAGAUACAAGGCAGAGCCGCCUACAUAAUGGACACACCUGAAAUGAGACGUGUUCGUGAAUCUCAGCGCCAUAUCUCAUCGGUGAGAUACCAUGAAGAUUUUGAAAAACAGAAGGGAUGUUUCACUCCUGUGGUCUCUGACCCAAUAACGGAGAGAGUGAAGAAAAACACCAUAGACUUCAGUGACAUUAACUACAGAGGAAUCCAGAGGAAGGUUGUGGAAAUUGAGCGCAAGAGAAGUGAACAGGAUCAAGACGUCACAGAUCUUAGAGUGUGGCGUACAAAUCCUGGAUCUGUCUUUGACUAUGACCCAGCUGAAGAUAACAUACAAUCAAGAAGCUUACACAUGCUUUCUGUUCAAGCCCGUCGAAGCCGUGAGCACUCCCGUUCCGCUAGUGCACUUAGCUUGAGUGCUGGGGAUGAAAAAUCUGAACUUUCCGAGGCGGCUGACCAUCACCAUUCCUACUACAGCAACGGAGGUCUGUUUACCACCACUGUAACAGGCCACAAGGAAAGUUCACAUGUACUGUUUUAUCAAGGAUACAAGCAAGCAAAAACUACUGAGCUUCCACAACAAAGGUCUUCUUCUGUAGCAACUCAACAAACAACUGCCUCAUCUGUGCCAUCACACCCGUCCACAACUGGAAAAACAUUCAGAGCCAUGUAUGACUAUCGGGCAGCAGACGGUGAUGAAGUCUCUUUCAAGGAUGGGGACACCAUCAUGAACGUUCAGACCAUAGAUGAAGGAUGGAUGUACGGGACAGUUCAGAGAACUGGCCAGACUGGCAUGCUACCAGCUAACUAUUUGGAAACCGUUUAAUGAAUCCUUCAUAACUGACAGAUUCGGCACUACCAUAGAAAAAAAAAACAACACUGAAUGGCAGCAGCCGUUUUUAUUAUUCUGUCAACUUACCUUAUAUGAAAUAAAAGCAAUUAAAAAAAAAUAACAUCUUAAGCAGCAAUUUCCUAACAUCGGACUGCAACCUGACUACUUUAUAGAGAUUUUUUUUUCUUUUUCGUGAAAAUAACAUCAGCUAAUGCCAGAUUGUCUUUGGUCACCAAUUAAUUCUAAACUCAUAUAUGUUUCAAUUUACGACUUGAACAAUGCCAUAGGCAAUGCCAAUGCCAUAGGCAUCUUACCUGCUAUUUGUAUGUUCAAUAUGUUUUCUUACUGUACACUGACAUAGCAUAUUUCCUGGUGUUGUAAAAUCCACCAGUUUACACUGGUUUAAUCGACUGCCCUAGGAUAUGACAUGAUGGAAGAGCCUCUCCCCUCCUCUGCUUGUGAACGCUGCAUGCAUAAGAUUAUGUUCUAGGGUCAAAAACAUUUAAUCCCUGUACAUUAGCGAUCAAUAAAGCUGGGGUUUCUGCAGAA